AUGGCCUCUCCGGAAACAAGAGGAUCUACAGAAAGCCACAACUCAGGUGCGAGCUCCACUACCAGCAGUGCCUCAGAGCGCGGAGGGGGUGUGGACGUUGCAAAAAUAGGGAGCAUCAAGUCCUCUCUGUCUGAGAAGAAUGAUUCCAGGAGGAAUGUUCGGUUGUCCAGCAGGUUUGUGACGGCACAUUCUGGCAGUUUUUUUCACAAAAGCGGAACGUCUCACAGGAGCGUCACGCUUUUGACCCGAUGUGCCGUGAUGUACACCCGCAACAAAGUGAUGGCAAACCUGUUCGCUGUGAUUGUACUGGUGGAUUUCCUGUGUACAUGCAUUGACAUUGACACUCGAGCCACCGGAGCAAGCACGGCUGAUGUGAUUCAAAUCAUAGCAGACUUGUGUCUUUGCUUAUAUUCCAUCGACACAUGUCUCGUGGUCAUCGCGAGAGGACUACGAAUACUCCUGGAGCCUAUGAUAUUGACCGACGCCUUUGUUCUCCUUUGUGGGUAUGUAGAAACGCUGCUGCAGUACCUGGGCUAUGGCGACCUUAUGAGCUCAGUUGCGGUUUUCAGAAUGCUGCGCUUAGUGCGAAUCUUGCGUGUUGGGAAAGUGUUGAGAAGAACUGGAGGCUUUCGCGAAUUGCAAAAAUUGAUUCGCAUGUUGUCAACCUGUUUGAAAACACUGUUUUGGUCGUUCAUCUUCUGCUUUGUCAUGAUGACUGUUUGGGCGCUCCUGAUCGUGGAGCUCGUCAACCCUUUGAUGGAGGAGGUUUUCGAGGACUGCCUGGAGUGCCAGAGAUCAACAUCGUCGGUCAUGCGUGCAAACGUGCUUUUGUUCAAAACGGUGAUCGCUGGCGACGGUUGGGGAAAAGUUUCUGUGCCCAUGAUCGAAGCAUAUCCGCUUACUGCUAUCAUAUUCAUGGGGUCCAACCUGACGUUGGUUUUUGGCGUCAUGAAUCUUAUCGUAGCUGUGGUCGUAGAUACCUUCGCGGAAGCUCGUCAGCGCGAUGUCUUGAACCUGGCGGAAGAGAUGAACAACAAUGAAAGCAUUGAUCGCGAGCGGCUGGAACGAAUCUUCAAGCGCAUCGACACAGAUGGCAGUGGCAAAAUGACAUUUGAAGAGCUCUUGGAGGGAGCCCGGAGGGACCAGGAAUUCCAAAGCCGGCUGCGGGUGAUGGACAUCGACGAGGCGGACUUGGAACAGCUCUUUGAGAUGAUCGACGUGCAGGGCGAGGGCGAAAUCGACGCCGCAGAGUUCAUCACUCCCUUGACGAGGUGGGUGAGCGAGUCUAGAACUGCCCCACGAUUUAUCAAAUACAACAUGCUCCGAUCGCUGGGGCAGCAGGAAGAGCUCUAUGGCCUCUCUCGGCGUUGCUUUGAACUCCUCGACAAUCGAAUGGAAGCGAUCAUGUCGAUGCUUCUUGAAAAGUCUCCGGGUGAAGCCUUCGAGCCCCCACAUUUGCUAGAGCCCAAGGUGCACCUACAGCCUGAAGUGACGAUGGAGCUCGAGAAGCUCCCUUCGGCUCCCAUCCUGCAAGUACCGGCAGACGAAAGCGCCGCGGAGCAGCCGCACGCCACAUCACCGACCUGCUUGCAGCCUUUGGCCGAGGAUGCAAUCAAGGCUGCAAUGGACAAGUUGCAGACCUACGUCCUGAACGCCACAGAAGCAGCCUUGAAGGGAUCGAGGGUUGCAAUAGAGAAGGCCCUGCAGGAGAAGUCGGGACUCCUGAUGCCCGGCUUCACAGAGCCAGGGGCUCCACAAGCAAAGAUUCGCCGGCCAUCCCAGGUCGUGGACAGCAUUUUCGAGAAGCGCCCAAAAAGGGUCAGUGAGAGAGAUCGGAAGGAGGACUCCCCGGCUCGGCCCACUACCCCGAAGCCCCGCAGGAGGAGCAGGAUGGCUACAGGCUGCUUCAAUAAACCCGGGGCCGGCAGCCCAGCGCGGGCUCUGCCUGCCUGGAGGGAUCCCAGCAAGGAUGGCUCUGACAGCGGUGGCACAAGGGAGGGAAGCCCAGUCCGUCUUGGAAGCUCUACAGCGUGA